CUCCGUCUGUGUGCAGUGUGCAGUGUGCACGUGGUUUGUGGUGUGAAACAAACGCUGGUCUUCUGUCCAUCACUCCGUUACAGUGGUCUUCUGUCCAUUCCAUUACGACGUGAACACCACAGGACCCCGAAAGUACACCGCUGUUCAUCAGAAAUCACGUUUGGAGUGAUAAUGGCGGAGCGGGUGUUGGUCAUCGGCAGUGGCGGACGGGAACAUGCGCUAGCAUGGAAGUUAGCUCAGUCACCUCACGUUCAGCAGGUCCUUGUGGCUCCUGGUAAUGCAGGAACCGCCAACAGCGGGAAGAUCUCCAACUCCGCGGUGUCUGUGAACAAUCACUCGAUUUUAGCUCAGUAUUGUAAAGAUCAUAACGUGGGGCUUGUGGUUGUUGGUCCAGAAGUUCCUCUGGCUGCUGGUAUAGUGGAUGACCUUACUGCCGCUGGUGUGACAUGUUUCGGCCCGUCUGCGAAGGCGGCACAGCUGGAGGCCAGUAAGAGUUUCUCCAAAUCCUUCAUGGACCGUCACAACAUUCCCACAGCACGCUGGAACUCCUUCACUGACCCGCAGGAUGCCUGCAAAUACAUUCAAGACGCUGAGUUUCCCGCUCUGGUGGUGAAGGCCAGCGGUCUGGCUGCUGGGAAGGGUGUUGUAGUCGCUCGGGAUAAAGAUGAGGCCCGAAAAGCCGUUCUGGACAUCAUGAAGGAUAAGGCGUUUGGUUCUGCUGGUGAGACUGUGGUGGUUGAGGAGCAACUGGAAGGAGAGGAAGUCUCUUGUCUGUGCUUUAGUGACGGCAUCACAGUGUCACCGAUGCCACCGGCACAAGAUCACAAACGUCUGCUGGAUGGAGACCAGGGUCCAAACACGGGCGGGAUGGGCGCGUACUGCCCCACACCACAGGUGUCAGAGGAAGUGCUGCAGGAGAUCAAGAGGUCUGUUCUGCAGAAGACUGUGGAUGGCAUGAGGGAGGAGGGAACACCAUACGUGGGUGUUUUAUAUGCAGGAGUGAUGUUGACUAAACAGGGACCGAAAGUCCUGGAGUUCAACUGCCGCUUUGGUGACCCAGAGUGUCAGGUCCUGAUGCCGUUGCUGAAGUCUGAUUUAUAUGAGGUGUUGAAGAAUACACUGCAGGCGGACCUGAGCUCAAGUCCAGUGCAGUGGCUGGAGAACAGUACGGCUGUCACUGUGGUCAUGGCUAGCGGAGGAUAUCCGGCCUCAUAUAAGAAGGGACUGGAGAUCACUGGUUUGUCUCAGGUGUCAGAGAUGGGCAUUCAGGUGUUCCAUGCGGGCACUGCACUUAAGGAAGGGGGCGGGGUUAUUACGAGUGGUGGGCGUGUCUUGACUGUGACUGCGGUCCGGCCCACCCUCGAGAGCGCGUUAUGCAGUGCUAAUGAAGGAGUGGCAGUGAUCAGCUUCCCUGAUGCGGUUUACCGCCGUGACAUCGGCCACCACGCCAUCACGUACCUCACCCGCACCAGAGGACUGACGUACAAGGACAGCGGUGUGGACAUCGCAGCGGGGAACAGACUGGUGGACGUGAUCAAACCUCUGGCUAAAGCCACGUCUCGUCCAGGUCAGUCCUCUCUUGUCUAUCAGGAGUCUGAUCUUCCACUUUCACAGUUAUCUCAUUAUGUUGUUAUAACCGCCAGGAUCGCUCAAGCGUGUGGCAUCCACAGCACUCUGGGUCAGGAUCUGGUGGCCAUGUGUGUGAACGAUGUUCUCGCUCAAGGAGCUGAGCCACUCUUCUUCCUUGACUAUUUCUCCUGUGGCCAUCUAGACGUGAGAGUCGCAUCUUCUGUCAUCGGUGGCAUCGCAGACGCCUGUCAGAUGGCUGGAUGUGCUCUGUUAGGAGGUGAGACGGCGGAGAUGCCAGGUGUUUACGGCCCUAGUGAUUACGAUCUGGCGGGCUUCUGCGUCGGGGCCGUGGAGCGAGGGGCUGUCCUGCCCAGACUCAAGGACAUCAUGGAGGGUGACUUGCUGAUUGGCGUCGCCUCUUCUGGGCUUCACAGCAACGGCUUCAGCCUUGUACGCAAGAUCCUGGAGCGGACCAGCUUACAGUACAGCUCACCUGCUCCGUUUGGACAGCCUGGACAGAAUAUCGGUGAAGUUCUGCUCACUCCCACCAAGAUCUACAGCCGCUUGCUUCAGCCAAUCCUACGUAGCGGAGCCGUGAAGGCCUACGCCCACAUAACAGGAGGUGGGCUUUUGGAGAAUAUUCCUCGCAUUCUUCCACCAGAACUGGCAGUGGACUUGGACGCAUCCCGCUGGAGGAUACCGGCUGUGUUCUCAUGGCUGCAGAGGGAGGGCAGCCUGUCAGAGGAGGAGAUGAGCCGCACAUUUAACUGUGGUCUGGGUGCUGUGCUGGUGGUCAGCAAACAGGACGCGCAGCGGGUCCUGCGACUGCUGCAGGCCCAGGAGGAGGCCUGGAUCGUGGGUUCACUCGCCCACAAACAACCCGGAGCGGAGACCGUGGUCAUCAGAAACCUGGAGCAGAGUCUGAAGGACAGUCCGGGCCGCUCACCGGACACCAGUGUCCUGCAGAACGGAGCUCUUCAUGGAGAACACUCAACACGCAAGAGGACCAGAGUGGCCGUUCUCAUCUCUGGGACCGGAACUAAUCUGCAGGCUCUGAUGGAGCAGGUAAAGAAACCAUCAAGUUCGGCGGAGAUCGUGAUGGUAAUCUCCAACAGACCGGGUGUCAUGGGGCUGAAGAGAGCAUCUAUGGCCGGCAUUCAGACACGGGUUGUGGAUCAUAAGCUGUACGGCAGCAGAGCUGAGUUUGACGGCACCAUAGACAAAGUUUUGGAGGAGUUUCGAGUGGAACUGGUUUGUCUGGCUGGUUUCAUGCGAAUCCUUACGGGACCCUUCGUCAGGAAAUGGAGUGGUAAGAUGCUGAACAUUCACCCGUCCCUGCUGCCGUCCUUUAAAGGAGUGAACGCACAGAAACAGGCUCUCCAGGCCGGCGUCAGAGUCACCGGAUGCACUGUGCACUUUGUGGCGGAGGAAGUGGAUGCAGGGGCGAUUGUUGUUCAGGAGGCGGUCCCCAUCCUGGUGACUGACACAGAGGACAGCCUAUCAGAGCGCAUCCGGGAGGCGGAGCAUCGUGCCUUUCCAGCAGCCCUAGAGCUGGUGGGCAGUGGAGCGGUGAAGCUGCGAGAUGACGGAAGACUCGUGUGGAACCAGAGCGUUCAGGGAUAGAUACCAACGCACAGAUCACGCUUAUGACACUAAUAUAAUUCAGUCUCCUUCAGUUCAGCUCUAGACUGUGAUCUGAGAACAUAAAUCAUACAGUAAAAUGAAUUUCAUUCAAACAUUCCAUCUCAAAUCUUUCCAGAAAUUAAUUCCUGAAUCUUAUUAAUGGCUCUUCUAUCGCAGGAUCCUGAACAGUAUUAAUCAGAUUCGCUGUUGAUGAAUAUUUGCUCAUGCCUGAGAGUUAUUGAAAACGUACAUGAACUUUAUUCUCUGCAUGUAACGGAACUAGAUGAAUAUUUGCUCUUGGCAUUAAACUUGCACUGCUCUGUGACGAGACUGA